AUGUUGUUUAGAGAGACAAAAGGUUGUGUGUGGAAUGUUCAUGGUAGAGUGGAGAAUGCUAAUGGAUUCUUUUAUAUAAGGAAGCUUAAUAAUGCCCACACAUAUGGUGCUGAAGUACAUAUAAUGAAUCAUUCCUGUAUAAAUUCAGAUUUAGUUGUUGAUUUGAUUGUUGAAGGUGUUCGUGAUAAUCCAUUGACACGUCCGGUUCAUGCUAUUCGGGAUUUUAAGUUGGGUUAUGGGCUGAGAGUUAGUUAUCUUCAAGCUUGGUUGGGGGUAGAGAAAGCAAAGGGUGAUAUUUUUGGAGACUACUUAAUGUCAUUUGACCAAUUAAGAUGGUAUGUUGAUGUUGCAAAGAGUUGCAAUUUAGGGAGUUACAUUGAGUUUGAGUGUGACAAUGAUUCUAAACUUUUUAAGAGAUUAUUUGUUGCUUUUCAUAAUUGCAUUAGUGGAUUUGAUUAUUAUAGACCUCUCUUGUUCCUUGAUGGCACAUUUUUUAAGAGAAGAUUUAGAGGAAAUUUACUUGCUGUUAUAGGAAAAGAUGGAAAUCAAAGGACACAAGAAAUCUGGUUCUUUCCUGUUUGUUUUACAAUUGUUGGCUUAGAGCAUCAAGACAACUGGUGUUGGGUUUUGGAACAUUUGAGUUCAAUUGUUUCAUCAGGACAAAAUAUUACAUUUGUGUUAGAUUGUAACCUUGAAUUACUUGAAGUUUUGCCAAAGGUUUUCCCAAUGGCUUUCCAUGCUUAUUGUUUAUAUCAUUUGAAGAUGAACUUGAGGCACCAUUUGCAUGAUUGUAAUGUUGAUGGUGAUAGUGAUGUUGUUCUUCCUCCUUUGUCUAGGAAGCAACCAGGAAGGCCAAAUAAGAAGAUGAUUCGUUCCAAUAGUGAGAAAGUAAGGCAAAUUAUUUGUGGUAGAUGUGGGAAGGUUGGAAAUCACAAUAAGAAAUUGUGUAAGGAGGCUUUGUGA